UAUGCCGUGGGAGCAGCCCAAGAAAUAGCAACAACAACAACAACAACAACAACAACAAAAAGACAAAAAAAAUAAAAUAAAAUAAAAUAAAAUGUACUUAAAAUGUACAGAACCAACAUACGUAAAUUAGUGUCAUAUAAAUGCAGCCGAAGCUCUUUGACCAAGCUCCCAACGAAAUCGAGAUCUCACCAAGAGUUAUAAGUGCAGUGUUUCUAAACUGUUAUACUGUCAACAAGACUUUUAGGUUUGGCUCUGUUCUCUGUCACUUGUUUCUUGAUAGGAUAAUGUUCUGAUAAGAGAGUCACAAAAUGUGGCCAUGGGGUACAAGCUGGUGCCUGAGGAGUCAUUAUCAUCCAUCAGUACCUCCUCUUUGUCACCAGUGACAUUGUACAUUAAAAUUUCAAUGAUCCUUGAUGUUGCCAUUAUGAAUUAUUCCCAACUCUUGCCCUCUUCUCAGUCUCUUCAGUGGUGGAUGUUCUUUCAAUAAUCGUUAUUUACAAUGCGAGGCCAUUGGUAAGCGUCACUUCUUUAUUAUAGCGUCAGACUAUAGCAGAGGAUAAUAAAAUAGAAGAAUCUGGUCUUUCACAAAGUGCUCGGUGUGGUGUGUGUCUGUCUGUGUAUGCCUGUGUGUGUGUGUUUAGGCUCUUCGAAUUUAACAACUGUGUAUUGAGGCUCUAUGCUGACAUUGCUCAGUGUUCUAGAAGAUACAGAGAGCAACAGGAGACAAAAGCUGACCUCAGUGAGAUGAACACAGCAAGCUCUAAAGGCACCACUGGCACUGGGAACAGUAACCACGGGUACAGAGAGGAUCGGUUACAAUUCAUGCUUUUGUAGGAAUGUCUUUAACUGUGUGUCCCCCAUUAGCGCUCCGAGGAGAAGGGCAGGCACCUCGUCUGCUUUGUUCACUUCCGUUCCCCCAGCACCUAGCACAGUGCCUGAUGUAUCUUACACGCUUAUUUUUAUGUAUACUUCCACAUGCAUUUUAUACACAUGUUAUCAUUAUAAUGCUGUAACUACUUAUGGCAAGUCCCUGAGUAAAUGAACCUGUGCUUGUGAGAGAGAAAAAUCAGCUACCGAUAAUAAUAUGUAACACAUUUUUAGUGAAUUAAAAGCUUAGGACUAAGCUAAAGAUAACUGUGAAAAUUGUUAGGUAAAGCAAUGGCCUCGAGUUGUUGGAACUGAAAUGAAGCACGGGAUUUUCUCUAAAUCGGGGAAGAGUAUAAUGAGAAAGAGGUAUAAUCAAUUAAGAUUGAUUAAGAGAGAACCAGAAUGCAGGUAGGAAUAAUUUUUGUUCCCCGCCACCCUUGGGAAAAUAGGUUAUGCUCAACCUGCAUCCUUUCCAAAUAAAGCGAUGGGGCCAUUCCUUUAACAGAUGACAAUGGAAAUAUCCAGGGAGAUAAUAGCACAGAAGUUUAUCCGAUGGGUUGGGAGUUCACCUUGCCUCUUAUGGUGCCUUCUGAGUCUAAAUUUCUCCUUUAUGGGAUUCUAGGAGCACUGUAGUUUAAGAACCACUUACAUGUAUUAAUAAUAGUUUAUUUUUUAUUUUGUAUUUUCAAAUAGGACAUGAAAAGAGAAAUUGAUAUUAGAGAAAUUUAUUGAAGCCAUUUGUUUCUGGUGUAUUUUAGAUUCUUUACAUUCAGGUCAGCAUGAUGUAGUGUUAGCUAAGAGGUAAGCUUCCAUCAGAAGCCCUGGAUCACCCCUAGCUCUGUUCCUUGAACGUGGUGCCUAAUCGCGCUUGGCUGAAGUUUUUCAUUCAUGAAACGAGAGAGAGUGGAUGACUUCUAAAGUGCCUCUCAGGUUCUGCACUGUUAUAACCCAUCUCCGAGUUUCUCGAAGUUAAUAUAUUUCUAUAGCACCAUGUAAUUAUGGCCUUCUUUAGUGAAUUUUUCUAAAAAUUGUUGCCGUGCAUGUACCGCAACUGCCGAAUGAAAUACAGUGUGCGGGUCGUGCUCUCCUAAGAGAGAACGAUAUUUUUUUAUAAAACAAGAAAGUUUGGCUUUUGAUCCUGUUUUUAUUUCCACCUUUGCUCUGCGUAGAAAAGUAAUUUGCUUUUUAAUUGAUGUUUUGAGCAUGUGCUGAUGACUGUAUUUUGAUUGGGAGAAGCACGAAGAACCCGCAAGAACUCACGGUAUUGCUGUGUGCUUCCUCUUUGCCUCUCCUUCUCUGCGUUGGCCUCACCUGCGCCACCCUCCCGGCCCUGCCCUGUGGAUUCUUCCUCUCGUGGCAGUACCAAGCAGACACAUGCUCUGCUUGUGCAGUCAUUAUUUCUAAAAUGAAAAGCAGUCGCACCCCCUUUCUUCAUUAAAAUUACUAGGUAUUCACUGAUUUAUUAACUCAAUUACUAAACUGCUCGUUAUUCAGCAAAUAUCGAGUGCCUACUACUACUAUAAAAAAAAAGCACUAUUGUUUACGUACUGGGACAUACCAAUAUACAAAAUAGAAUUGAAAAGAAAGUUCCUGCCAUCAUGAAGCAUUCUUUUAAAGGAGGCAUUCCUUAUAUUAAGGCAUAUAAAUAUUUAUUGACAGAUUGGAUGUGAGACAUAACAUAUAGAAUACUCAAGGAUGACUCCAAAUAUUUUGGUCUAAGCAACUGGAAAGAUGGAGUUGCCAUCAGCUGAGGAACGUUGCAAGACCAGGGCUUUGCAGCGCGGCCGUCGGGGAGGUGUGGAUAAGAGAAUGGAACUGGAGCUGGCUUGGGACCUACUGAGUUUCAUGUGUCCGUGGAUGUCCAGAAGGAUCUUCCAAGCAGGCAGCUGGUCCGUGAGUCUGGAGGCAAAUAUGAAUUCAUGUUUAGAAUAGAUGGCAUUUAAGGCAUUGUGGCUUGACGCACUCCGGGGAGAAGAUGCUCAGGGAAGAGAAUUGGGCCAGACUGAGCACCAAGGUCAGAGGCCAGGGCGAAGACAAGGAAGCAGCCAAGGAGCUGCAGAGGGAGCCGCAUGGAAAACAGGAGGAAAACCUAACAGCUGUCGCAUCCUGAGAGCCAAGUGGAGAGUGGUCAUUUUACACCCGAUACGGAAGAUAGAGCAGAACCAUGAUUCCCGUGACGGAGUUCCGGCAGUUCUCUGAGCAGCAGCCUGCCUUCCGGGUGCUGAAGCCAUGGUGGGACGUGUUUACCGAUUACCUGUCGGUGGCCAUGCUGAUGAUCGGUGUGUUUGGCUGCACGUUGCAGGUCAUGCAAGACAAGAUCAUCUGCCUGCCGAAGAGAGUGCAGCCUUCUCAGAACCACGCUUCCGUCUCCAACGUCUCUCAGGCGGUGGCCAGCACCACGCCGCUGCCGCCCCCGAAGCCGGCGCCGGCUCACCCGGUCACGGUGGAGAUGAAAGGCCUGAAGACGGACCUGGACCUCCAGCAGUACAGCUUCAUCAACCAGAUGUGCUACGAGCGCGCCCUGCACUGGUACGCCAAGUACUUCCCGUACCUCGUCCUCAUCCACACGCUGGUCUUCAUGCUCUGCAGCAACUUCUGGUUCAAGUUCCCCGGCUCGAGCUCCAAGAUCGAGCACUUCAUCUCCAUCCUGGGCAAGUGCUUCGACUCCCCCUGGACCACCCGCGCGCUGUCGGAAGUGUCCGGGGAGGACUCGGAGGAAAAGGACAGCAGGAAGAACAACCUGAGCAGGUCCACCACCACCCAGUCUGGCCCCGAAGGCAGCCUGGUCAACUCGCAGUCUUUAAAGUCCAUCCCUGAGAAGUUCGUGGUGGACAAGUCCACCGCGGGGGCUCUGGACAAGAAGGAGGGCGAGCAAGCCAAGGCUUUGUUCGAGAAGGUGAAGAAGUUCCGGCUGCACGUGGAAGAAGGCGACAUCCUGUACGCCAUGUAUGUCCGCCAGACGGUCCUUAAGGUCAUCAAAUUCCUGAUCAUCAUCGCCUACAACAGCGCCCUGGUUUCCAAGGUCCAGUUCACCGUGGACUGCGACGUGGACAUCCAGGACAUGACCGGAUAUAAAAACUUCUCCUGCAAUCACACGAUGGCGCACCUGUUCUCCAAGCUCUCCUUCUGCUACCUGUGCUUCGUCAGCAUCUACGGCCUCACGUGCCUUUACACCUUGUACUGGCUCUUCUACCGCUCGCUGCGGGAGUACUCCUUCGAGUACGUCCGCCAGGAGACGGGCAUCGACGACAUUCCCGACGUGAAGAAUGACUUUGCCUUCAUGCUGCACAUGAUCGACCAGUACGACCCUCUGUACUCCAAGCGGUUCGCCGUCUUCCUGUCGGAAGUGAGCGAGAACAAACUGAAGCAGCUGAACCUCAAUAACGAGUGGACGCCCGAUAAGCUGCGGCAGAAGCUGCAGACCAACGCCCAGAGCCGCCUGGAGCUGCCCCUGGUCAUGCUGUCCGGCCUGCCCGACACGGUGUUUGAAAUCACCGAGCUGCAGGCCCUCAAGCUGGAAAUCAUGAAGAACGUGAUGAUCCCGGCCACCGUGGCGCAGCUCGACAGCCUGCAGGAGCUCUCCCUGCACCAGUGCUCCGUCAAGAUCCACAGCGCGGCGCUCUCCUUCCUCAAGGACAACCUCAAGGUCUUGAGCGUCAAGUUCGACGACAUGAGGGAGCUGCCCCCCUGGAUGUACGGGCUCCGGAGCCUGGAGGAGCUCUACCUGGUGGGCUCGCUCAGCCACGAUAUUUCCAAGAACGUCACCCUCGAGUCUCUGCGGGACCUCAAGAGCCUCAAGAUUCUCUCCAUCAAAAGCAACGUCACCAAGAUCCCGCAGGCCGUGGUGGACGUGGCCAGCCACCUGCAGAAGAUGUGCAUCCACAACGACGGCACCAAGCUGGUGAUGCUCAACAAUCUGAAGAAGAUGACCAACCUGACGGAGCUGGAGCUGGUCCACUGCGACCUGGAGCGCAUCCCCCACGCCGUGUUCAGCCUGCUCAGCCUCCAGGAGCUGGACCUCAAGGAAAACAAUCUGAAAUCCAUAGAGGAGAUCGUGAGCUUCCAGCACCUGAGGAAGCUGACGGUGCUAAAACUGUGGCACAACAGCAUCGCCUACAUCCCGGAGCACAUCAAGAAACUCACCAGCCUGGAGCGUCUGUCCUUCAGCCACAACAAAAUAGAGGUGCUGCCUUCCCACCUCUUCCUGUGCAACAAAAUCCGAUACCUGGACCUGUCCUACAACGACAUUCGCUUUAUCCCGCCCGAAAUCGGGGUUCUGCAGAGUUUACAGUAUUUCUCCAUCACUUGCAACAAAGUGGAGAGCCUUCCGGACGAACUCUACUUCUGCAAGAAGCUCAAAACACUCAAGAUUGGGAAGAACAGCCUCUCGGUGCUCUCGCCGAAAAUCGGAAACUUGCUGUUCCUUUCCUAUUUAGACGUGAAAGGCAAUCACUUUGAAAUCCUGCCUCCGGAGCUGGGCGACUGCCGCGCGCUGAAGCGAGCCGGACUGGUGGUCGAGGAAGCUCUGUUUGAAACUCUGCCUUCUGACGUCCGGGAGCAAAUGAAAACAGAGUAGCUUAUUUUUGUUGAAAGCUUGACUGAAACAUGCUUCUACCAAAUACAGUAUAAAUAAUUCGGGAAGCUUAACGCCUUUCCUAGUUUAUGAAUUUUUUUUCUUAUUCACACGAAACAAAAUGUACACAGGGAUUGCGUAAGGCGUUUGUAUUUUUUAAUAAAAAUUUAAUUGUAUUUUUUCAGUAUUAAUAUUUUAAAGUUUUAUUUGUGCUGGAACCUAAUGUAUCUCUUGUUGUUGUUUGCUACUGACAGAAACCGAUGGUUCCAUCUGGGGGUUUUGUUGUCGUUUUGGUUUUGUUUGUUUGUUUUGGUUUUGGUUUUGUUUUUCAGUUCCUUCUUGCGAAAGGGAGGGAGUUUUACGUUGCAUGCUUUUUGGUAUUUUUUAGAUAGAUGAGGAUAUUUUGCCAAGGUCCUUUUCAGCUCAUUGACACCUAUACAGAGUCCUUAUAUUUGUUUUCAUCGUAUGUGUUCCAAGGAAGCUAUGCUAGUUAUUUUAACGCCAGCUGCCUUUUCCAUUGGCCAAGUCCUUCAUUCUACAGAAAAUCCUUCUCUAGAGUGUAAAUUCACAAAAGGGCCCUGUCGUAGACUCUUAUUUUCAAAUUUCCCCCUUGCCGCCAACAGAACCUUAUACGUUAUAUUCUUUGAUAUACCUGACAGCUGUUUAUCCUUAGGCAAGGAUUUGUCAGUGAGUAAAGAUAAUUAUCUUCCAACAUCGGCUUCCUUGCAUAGUUAUGUAUAAUUUAACUGAUUUACAUGUUUACCGAUAUUUUAAAAGUACCCCUUGCAAAGGGAGGACAGAGGUUCUUCCCCUUUGAGACCAGGAUGGCUGUGUGGGAACGGGUGCCCCGCCUUAGAGAAACUAGCUUUAUUUUAAUUAAAGUAGUAAUUGAAUUUAAAAAUCAGAAUUAGAAGCCUGGUUUUUUAGUAAUUUGAUCAUCUUUGAUAUCUUGAUAUUUGAAUACAUCUAAUGGAAAAAAUGCACUGCUAAAGCACUCCGUGAACGAGCUGGGUGUGCUGUGCCCCUGCGCGGGGUGGCGUGGUGACGUACCCAACGUCUGCCUGUCACGCAAAAUAAUCGGCCUCUAUGUAUAUAUACUUAUGGAGCUCGCUCGAGCCUGCCCGUGCUGAAAAUGCUAGUGAUGCAAAGCACAGAAGCUCUCUUUGGCUUAAAAGAAGUAUCUCAUCUAAAAUGGUUCUAUUACCUUUUUUUUUUUUUUUUUUUUUUAAGGGUGAAUAAAUUGCUCAGUACAUGUCACUUAGGAGUAAUUUUUGCCCGGUGGUCAGCAGAAGUUUCAUUUCCCUCUCUCUAUUUAAAAAUCCAACAUGGUAUAUGGGUCUUGGGCAAAUUGUUUUCACUGACUCUUAAGCUGUGUGGAACAGGAAAAUGAAAAGCACUACCUGUGCCCUCGAUCCAGACCAAUACUCCUGUCACGGGAAUUUGGUUUUAUGCUCCAACUCCACAUGGUCUGAUCUAAGGAAGUUUUGUGACCUAGCAGAAAAAGCAGGGAAGUGGUUUGGGGUUUCAAAAUGCUGCUUGUACAUUUACUUCUCAAUCCUGGUGGCUUUUUUGCGUAAAGCGACUUUGAGUCAUACGUGGAACACAGCUGUAGGGACUGCUCAGCAGCUCUCCGUACUUCAGUUGUGUUUUAAAUGCUAUGAUACAUCAUGGGGUAAAAGAUUUGAGAAAGAGAUGCUUUUCGUUUAUGUAAAAAUUGAAUCACGUAGACCAAAGUGCUUUGCUGUUUCUGCUCUGUGGUCAAGUGUUAAAAGGUGAUACCCUAUCGCUGUGUGUUUAUUUCAACCUGGAACUGAAACAAUAUGUUUAAAAUAGCAACAUGGUUAUUUCUCAUAGGACAAAAAUCUUCAAUUCUAGAAUGUUGUUAGAUCUUGAUCAUGACCGAUGUGCUGUAUUUAUAGCCCUACCUGUUUGAAACAAACAGACCAACCAAAACCUGAAAGACUGUCAGUGGCUGAGCAUGACAAGAAUACCCCUCUCCAGAGGUGAGCUUGGAUAACUACUGGUGAAACACUGGGUGCACUAUUUUUCUGGAUAACAUUUAUAGUUGUUUUCUAUAUCCCCUUAAAAAAGGGAUCUAUUCAGGUUAAAAAUCAUAUUUAUGCUCAAGUCUUUAUCUGGUGUCAACUCAGAAUCUCAUAUGGGUUCAUAACUGAAGUUGUCACUAGCAGUUAGGUCUUUGUGACAAUUUACUCAACAUGCCAAAAGAAUUUGAUUUACUUUCUUCAUUAUUCACAGGCUGACCCCCAACCUAAGUUCUAAAUAACGUCCAAUAAAUCACUAGAGUUCUGACUUCAUGUUUUAACUAGGAAGGAAACUUCAUAGAUGUUUCUAUUAGAUUUUAUAAAAAUCCAGAAUACUCAGACUUCAUCUUGAGUCGAGGUUUUCUGACUCUGGCCCUUUUAAUAUUGUAUAUUUUUUGUUCACAUUCCUAAGUAAACAGCAUUUAAUUACUCUUUAGCCUUUAAAUGGGAAACUCAGGUAAAUGAACUGCUGACUUUUCUAAAGUUCUUUAAUGAAUCAACUCAGUGUUAAAGGGAUUUUUUCACCUGAUCCCUUUCAUGUCUUACAAGUGCUCUUGCUGAAAAGGGACAACUUGCUCUAUUUAUCCACCUUCUAUAAGAUUCAUGCGAAACCGCUUAUGUAAAUAUAAAAGCAUCCUAUGAACUCUUUAAAUCCUACGGCUCCUGGACACCCAUGGCGAGUAUACCUUGGGGUCAGUUCUAAUGGUGACGUGUAGAACAGACCACUGCCUGGUGAUGGUCUGGCUGAGACAAAGCAUCUACGUACAUCCCAGUGGAACUCGCCUAAGACCACACCUCGGAAAACGAGAUGUGUGUUGGUUUUCAUGUUGUUUUGCUUCUGACACAGCACUUUUACAUCAAUGUUCUUGCUACAGUGAAACCUGUUACGGACGCCUGUAGAUGUGCUGGUUGUUCCCCCUUUCCCCUGUCUUGGGUUCCCGUGCAGCUGUGAUAAUGGGUUCCAACGACUCACACGGCAUCCCGGGCAGCAGGCACUGCUUUUUCAGCAAGGCUUGGAGAGAAGCCUGCUACGAGUAUUCUGUCCAGUCAGAGGUGCCUCCUUAUUUGCCUCUCCAGCCGUCUUUGUCGAGAGGUGCUGAAGCCCCCUGGGAUCCUCCUUGGGUUCCUUGGGAUGAGGAAAUUCUUGCAAUAGGCUCUCUUAACGAUUUCUGCUCAUAAGAAAGACAAGAAACAAAUCUCUAUACCUCUUGUUACCAUUUCCCCCAAAAGUUUGUUAUUACGUUCCUACUUCUAAGAAAACUCCCUUGUUAAGAAGUUUUAUUUACUCUCUUCCUCAUAGCACACACCUGAUCAACUGUAGUGAUACAUUUACUUAAACAGUCAACAUCCAUGAGACCUGUCUUUGUGAACACGGUCAGCAGGACUCAGCCGUGGCUAGAUGAGAUAAACGCCAAAACCCUUUCAAGCUGUGUCUAGAAACUAAAUUAAGAUUCAACGUACAUUCGUCUAUGAAUCCUGAAUGGGAUAAGGCCAUGCAAGCAGUUCACAUUUUUGGUAAGAUCUCAAUAACUCAGGGUAGGUGGUGUUCCAUCUCAAAAACAGCACAGUUAUUAGCGAAAGGAAUGCCUCCAUGGCCUGUACGAUUGUCUCAGCUUUUUUUUUUUUUUUUUUUUUGUCUCUUCAGACACGUUGUAAGUCACCCUGGACAGUCUCAACUAGACCCGCACUGAUUUUUCAGAUUCAGGCCUCAGUGACAUGCUUCUACUAUAAUUUCACACCAGCGUUCCAAACUAGCUACCCAGUCUUCCUCCCUCUUCCCAGAGCCUCUCCCUGAUAAAGGGAGCAUCCUUAAAUUCAUUUUGGGGAGAGGCAAGAGGGUCUUCUCCCCACCCCCGAAGGAAUUCUUUUAAUUAGAAGAUUUUUUAAAGGGGUAUACAGCUUUGAACAACUUCAUUUCUCAGCCAUGUUAAACAAUUCCUGUGUGUAGUUUUGAACGUGGUAUAAAUUUGCUUUCUACUGAAUACCGGUCCCUCUGGCACCCAAUUCUGCCUAUUGAAUGACUCUUUUUACCAGAGUUGCAACUCAAUGCCUUAUGUGUUCACUUCGUUUUCCUUCUGCUGCUUGUUUUCUCUCACUGAAUGUGUUCAGAUUGUGUCAAAUGCUGGCAACACCUCUAAGACUUUUAAGGAAAUGCUUGAACGUGGAUUUGUCGUAAUGUAAAUUCAUGAUACAAUGUCUUAAUGUUAUUUGGCUCUGUAGUACAUCGGAACAGAAAAUAACUUAAAUAAAGUCAUUUUUGUAAUUUAAAA